GCUGUGCACCACUGGUACUUUUGCACAAAUUCUAGUAACCUCAGGUUCGCGAACGAAAUUUUGAUAGAAACUAAUCGUUACGUUGACGACGGCAACAAACGUGUUCUACGGUUUGCAGAAUUUAGUUCGCUUCUUUGCACAUUUGGUGGUACUCACUUUAGUGUAGUUGAACGGCGCGUUGUGACAUUACCUAGACUCUUAAAUUCACGAGUGAUAGUUGCUGGUUUUUGAUCUGUAUUUAUUUGCUAUAUCAUUUAGCAAAAGUGACCAAUCAUGACCGAAGACAUCGAACAGUACCCGGACCGAGUGGCCGACAUGUAUAAAGAUAAAACUAUUUUUAUCACGGGAGGUACGGGAUUCAUGGGAAAAGUGCUCGUCGAGAAAUUGUUGAGAACAUGCAGCGAUUUGAAAAAAAUCAUUAUACUCGUUAGAAACAAGAAAGGAAAAUAUCCCAUGGAAAGAAUCCGGGAGAUUUUAGCAGGACCUCUCUACGACAAGGUGAAGAAACUGAAAGGCGCUGAGAUAAUCAACAAAGUUGAUGCAGUUGAAGGCGAUGUUAUGCUACCAAACUUAGGAAUCAGCGAAAAGGACAGAAUAAUGCUGGCCAAUGAAGUUCAAUUAAUUUUGCAUUGUGCUGCCACCAUCCGAUUCGAUGAAACAUUGAAAAAAGCCGUUCUGCUGAACGCUAGGGGUACAAAAUUUAUGCUGGAAUUGGCCAAGGAAUGCAAACAGUUACAGUGUUUUGUCCAUGUAUCCACUGCAUACUGUCAUCUGAGUGAGCGAAUACUCUACGAAAGACCAUAUGCACCACCUGCGGAUCCCCACAAAGUAAUUCAGACUGCAGAGUGGUUAAGUGAUGAUGUUAUGGAGACGAUAACACCCAAAAUUCUGCAAGAUAUCCCAAAUACUUACGCGUUUACCAAAGCUUUAGGAGAAGCUUUGGUUGUAGAGCAACAUGGAAAACUUCCAGUCAUGAUUCUAAGGCCAUCAGUUGUAAUUCCCAUUUGGAAAGAACCGAUUCCUGGAUGGACUGAUAACAUAAACGGACCUACGGGACUCCUAAUUGGAGCUGGCAAAGGAGUAUUGAGAACAAUGUAUUGCAAGCAGGAUGCUUACGCCGAUUAUAUGCCGGUCGAUAUCGUUGUAAAUGCUACUCUUGCUUCUGUCUGGUUUUAUAUAUAUGACGAGAGGAAGAAAUGGAUAUUUAAUCUAACCAGUUCUGCACUUUAUAAAAUAACCAUGGAAGAAAUUAUCAACAUAGGACGAAAGGUAAUCAAUACCAAAAUACCAUUGAAUGGUGUUGCCUGGUACCCAGGUGGCUCAAUGAAGAGAUCCAAAAUAGUGCACUACAUUUGCUUCUUCUUAUUUCAUAUCAUUCCCGCUGUUUUGGUAGAUGCUCUGCUACUAGUCAUCGGAUACAAACCAGUAUUAUGCCGAGUGCAAAAUCGAAUAUGGAAGGGUUUUGAAGUGUUCGAAUACUACGCGAACAACCAAUGGGACUUUGACAAUCAAGAGUCGCUGAGUCUUAGAGAUGCUUUGUUGAACCCAAGAGAAAGGGAAAACUACAAGUGUGAUGGUGACGGGAUCGAUUACUUUGAAUAUUUCUCUACUUGUGUACAUGCUGCAAGAUUGUAUAUUCUCAAAGAGACUGACGACACAUUGCCAGCUGCACGAAGACAUAUGUUUGUCAUGUGGAUCGUCGACAAAGUAUGCAAGGGACUGUUUCUCUUUGCAGUUAUGUAUUAUCUUUAUCAGAAAGUGCUGAGCCCUUUAUUGGCAGCUAUAUAGCAAUACAUUUAGCUAAUAUUUUAUAAUAUGCGUAGCUAUUGUAAAGUUUUAUAAAAAUAAAUAUUGUUUCUAUCUCCAAUA